GUGAGCCUCAAAGCCGGAGCCGCGCAUCAGCCUCUCCUCUGACAACUGUCAGCCUCUGCUGCCACCUGCCCAGGCCUGCCGCCGCACCUCUCAGCAGGGGCAGAGAAUGAAAGAAGGCAUGUCGAAUAACAGCACCACUAGCAUCUCCCAAGCGCGGAAGGCCGUCGAGCAGCUUAAGAUGGAAGCCUGUAUGGACAGGGUGAAGGUCUCCCAGGCAGCUGCGGACCUCCUGGCCUACUGCGAAGCCCACGUACGCGAAGACCCUCUCAUCAUACCAGUGCCUGCGUCAGAAAACCCCUUCCGAGAGAAGAAGUUCUUUUGUACCAUUCUCUGACUCCGUUCGUUAUGAAGUGUCUCCUUGUGCAUCAGGAAACUCCCCGGUAGAGCCCGCAUGUUCUUAGCGUUGGGGGUUCCAGUCACCCCCGUCCCCGGCCUCUCUUCAUCGGUUUUCUUCUCUGCGUUCGAUUUCACUACUUCUUGCCCUUCUCGUGUUAUUUGCGUCACCGGCAAAGAAAAUCGACGUUUUUGUAACAAAUAACAAAUAAGUAUGGGUUUAAGGCUUGCAUUUCUUUCUAAACAGCAACUCCCGUAUUUAAAUACAUCGAGCUAAUGCACUGUACAUUCAAUACUACAGUAUUUAUUGAAUAAGAUAAUUUAUUGAAAAGAAAAACCGUACUUGGCAAUCCCCCCUUCACAAAUAAUUCACUAUCGAAUGAGAGCAGUUUGACCAACUAGAACACAUGGGUAAAUGUUCCUCUCUUUUCAUCCACCAGCUCUAUGUUCCCUGCUUUUCCGUCCUCCUGUUAGGAAGGAAAUGACCCACAGCGUCAAAGGGUUUCCCUAAUAUGUGUCUCACUGGGACCGUGUGGCCCGAACCCCGAUGGGGACGCAGGUCCCCAUUUCCCCCUGAUUAUCACAGGCCACUUGGGAGGUGGGCCUCCUACGGAUGUGGACACCGGCUGAACAUUGCAGCAAGCUUAACUGUCAAUGUGCCCCAGCUGGGGCUCCCCUCUCCAUGGGCCACCACUUCCUGCUCCCCUUUUCUGGCUCCUCCUCAGUCGUCCUCACGUGGGCUGCACGGGGCCCCGCGGGGUUUCACCAGGGCGGCCCAGCACAGUGAUCCGCAGGGACAGCAGCUCACUAACGCGCUGUCCGCUGAUCUGAGCGUUGACCCGUGUUCACUUAUUCCGUCCUCCGGCAAUCCGUAAAACGCCACGAGGGCAUGUCUGUUUUACAGAGAGGAGGACGGAGGCGCGGACAGAUUCUGUGCUUUCCCCAAGGCGAUCGUUAGUAAGCAGGAACACCGGGGCUUGAGCCUGGCCCCAGUGCUCCCUGAACCCCCGAGCCACGCUGCCUUUCGGCUCCACCCGUCUGCGGGUAAACAGGCCUGCAGAGCGCCGUACCACAGGCUGUGCGGCACCUUCGCCGGGCCCGCUCUGCAGCAACACCUGUCCCCCCACCUUUGCCAGGAGGAGGCAUGUGGGUGCACGUAGCUUACGGACGAUGAUAGAUAUGCGAUGCUCCAGCGGCAGGCCGGACGGCUCUUGGUUUUUCUGAGUCAAACUUGCAGACCCCGCCUGAAACAAAAAUGACAGAGGAGAAUAAGCCAUGGGGACAGAGAGCUCCUUGUCCAAGUUUGUGAGGUUCCUCUUGUGUAGAAACUGCCUCGCUCCCUGGUGCUGACAGCAGCUGGCUGUGUGAUGCGGGGCAAGCCGCCGUGUGCCUGGAAGGUUCUGAGCUGCUAAUCGGGGAUAACGGUCAUUGCUCCUCCUGCCUUUCUAUCUGGGAGGGCACGGAGAGGUGCUCCACGGAUGGACGCUCUGAUGUAUCAUUUAAAUAAAUUACUAAAUGCCGCAAUGUAAUAGUGGCAGGAAAGCAGGACUUCAACGAGGCCCCGGUUCGGCCGGAGGAAUACUGUCAAAUUGCCCACAAAAAGCCAAAUAUAAUUUCAGAUCAGUGAAUAACUUGCCACCUUGCAAAUGGCUUUAGUGCAUUUUUAUUCUUCGCCUCUUUUCCUGAAAGCUGCUCUUUAUUUCACUAAAGCUCACUCACACAACUAGUGAGGUCAGAAGCUGUGUGCUCAGACUGUGCGGAGUUGUAUGCCGUGUGUGAUAAUAAGACUUCAAACCCUUCUGUAUCUCGGUUUACGACCAGGAUCUCUUUAUUCCGUGGUCCAUGUCAACAUCAUUGACCUGAUAAAGCAAAGCACAAUUCAUAAAAGCGCAUCAGAGAAACCGAGAAAGUGGGGCAGCACGGAGGCUGGCUAAAUCGGGUCAGGAAGAAAACUGUGCUUCUAGGCUUCCUCUGAACUUUCUCUCCUUUGUGUCUAACUUUCACUGUCUCUCCUUUCUCCCUCUUUGUCCUUUUCCUCCUCUCUUCCUUACCUUCCUCCGCGAGAUGCUUUUUUGUCUUUGUACUCACACCUUUUCCUCCCAAACUUGCGGCAGUGUGGGUGGUUUGUCCCUUGUCCCUUCUAAAGUGUCCCUGAACUCAGUGCCAUCUUCCUAAAGACAAGGUCAUGCACGUCAAGGUCAGGUCAGGCUUUGAGGCAAGGUCAGGCUAUGAGAUACACAAACAUGUGAAUGAGCCCUUCGCCCCGCUAGCAGUCACCGGGGAGUGAACAAAAGGGGGUGCCUCUGCAGUGGACAGUUGUCACUUUGUGAUCGCAGUCCGGCCAGCAUCUGACCUCCUUUCCUAUAGGGGGAGAUCACCCCCUACACAAAAACUUAGUGGGGUGCAGUAGAACUCCCGUUCAUUGUGGAUGCUGGAGGGGGGACGUCUUCCCUGUCUCUCAGGGGCACCCCCUUUCCAGCACCAGACUGGCCAGGGAGGGGCCAGUGACCUGACGCGAACUGCUAGGACUCCUUUGCCUGGGCCUAUAAGCUCAGAGCAAAUGGCACAGCAGUGAAAAGAUGCUGAGAUUCGUUUUAUGGGAUCUGCGGUGGUCCAGCAGGGAGGCAUCUAAGACGGGCAGGGAUUCUGUGCCCACUGCUAACAGUGUCCAGGGAUGGCAGAGUCCUGAGUAGACCAUUCCUGCUCCAUUGCUUGGUCCCACAAUCCCCCACAAUCCCCCACAAUCGCGCCCCUCCCCCCACAUCCUUCUAGGUCCCCUUUCUAGCUCCUUUCUAGCCUCCAAGCUCCAUCCACUAAAUUUCUUAUUCCUCCAUGAAAUAGCCUGGGUUGGAUGUACCUAUCCUAUGAUCUAAAAACCCCGUAUGUCAAGGGCAAAACCCAGCAAGCUGAUCUAUGCUGUUGCAAGUAGGGGACUAUUAAUUACUCUUUAGGGGAUGGGAACCAGAAGGAGCACAAGGGGAGCUUCUUGGGAUGUUCUGUUCCUUGACCUGGUUGCUGGUGACCUGGGUGUGUCCGGUGUGUGAAAAUUCUUCGAGCUGUACCCUUCUGAUUGUGCGCUUUUCUGUAUGUAUGUUACACUUCAAUAAAAACUUAGUUUUUGUGGCUAGCAAUCAA